AGGCAGGGUGGUGUCCCUCUCGGUCUCCCAAGGAAGUCUGAGUCCUCUCUCCCUUUUUAAUAUGAGAAUUCGAAAGCAGUGGGAAGUGAUGUUGGACCUAUCACAGCAUUGCUAACAGACAGCCUAUUACAGUAUUUAAUAAAAACAGAAACAGCAUGCCUAUCAUAGGCUAAUAAAUCCUACCUCCUGCACGCUUUAAAAACAGUAUGAAGCAGCUUUAACGGAGCUUCUGAUAACUAAUUUCAAGCAUGGCUGUCUAGCGUGCCUGUCACUAUUGUCCUCCCAAACUCUUUCAGACAUUUUGAGCAGAGAGUAUUAAAGCUAUGAGUUAGCAAGGGUUGUGACAUUAAUGGUCCAGAAAAGCUUUAGGCACGAGAGGCAAUGAUGAUUACCCGUGGCUAUUUGGAGGACUGCACUGGAUCGCUGUCAUUAAAAAUUAAGCGUGGCUUUUGAGGAAGAUGUGACAACUACCGGAGUGUGCGGUGUGCUCUUGGGUCAUCUCAGGAGCCAUCUGGGCCAUGUUGGGGAGAACUGAGGGAGCAGAAUGCUGACUGAGUGGCAUGCACUGUAGGUCUUUUCGCCAUUCCUCCAGGACUUCCACUGUAAGGAAAACAGCCCCUGGACCAACAUCCUCUAAGAUGUUUAUAUGGACCAGUGGCCGGACCUCUUCAUCUUACAGACACGAUGAGAAAAGAAAUAUUUACCAAAAAAUCAGGGACCACGACCUCCUGGACAAAAGGAAAACUGUCACAGCACUGAAAGCAGGAGAGGACCGGGCCAUUCUUCUGGGACUGGCCAUGAUGGUCUGCUCCAUCAUGAUGUACUUUCUGCUGGGAAUCACACUCCUGCGCUCAUACAUGCAGAGCGUGUGGACUGAGGAGUCUCAAUGCACCUUGGUGAAUGCGUCCAUCACAGAAACAUUUAACUGCUCCUUCAGCUGUGGUCCAGACUGCUGGAAACUCUCUCAGUACCCCUGCCUCCAGGUGUACGUUAACCUGACUUCUUCUGGUGAAAAGCUCCUUCUCUACCACACCGAAGAGACCAUGAAAAUCAAUCAGAAGUGCUCCUAUAUACCUAAGUGUGGAAAAAAUUUUGAAGAAUCCAUGUCCCUGGUGAAUGUUGUCAUGGAAAACUUCAGGAAGUAUCAACACUUCUCCUGCUAUUCCGACCCAGAAGGAAACCAGAAGAGCGUCAUCCUCACCAAACUCUACAGUUCCAACGUGCUGUUCCAUUCACUGUUCUGGCCAACAUGUAUGAUGGCUGGGGGCGUGGUGAUUGUAGCCAUGGUGAAACUCACACAGUACCUCUCCCUGCUCUGUGAGAGGAUCCAACGGAUCAAUAGAUAAAAGCAAAAGGGAUGAGAUCAUUUUCUUUAAAGCUCAAAUACUGUUUUCUUUCAUUCUUCACCAAAGAACCUUAAGUUUGUAAUGUGCAGUCUGUUAUGAGUUCCUUAAUAUAUUCUUAUAUGUAGAGCAAUAAUGCAAAAGCUGUUCUAUAUGCAAACAUGAUGUCUUUAUUAUUCAGGAGAAGAAAUAACUGUUUUGUGUUGGUUGGUUGUUUUCAUUAUCUUGUUUUGAUGCUGGAACUAGUACUUCCUUCUCUCGUUCCGCCAAAACAGGGCUCAGUUAUUCGUUUGCCAAGCUUUGUGGAGGAAUGUAGACAAUAUCAACGCGAUAAGGUCUGUGUUCUCAAUUGUCAGAUCUCUUGAAGACAUUUCUGCAAUAUUUUUCGUCAUUCAUUGUUUACUAAAGCUGCAGCCAAAAAUGUUCUUUCUUUUCUUACUCAAAACUGAGCCCUGUAGCAAGUGAAGGGACCAGAUUUCCUAACUAAAGGAUGUUAAGCAUUUUCCUUAUAUUUCUACCAUAUCACUGUAAAGAAGGGAGAAAACCCAGACAGUUAUUUCUCUUUUAUUAUUUUCUAUUCAUAACUUCAGAUUUUUUAACUGAUUUCCAAAAAUAAGCUGUUUUCAUCAACUGAUUCUAUAAUCUCUUCCUGUGAUUUAAAUAGAAAAUGAACAGAGCCCUUUUCCAUUUAAGACCCUGCUACUGUGUGAGGAGAUAACACUUACAAAGAGUUUCAUUACCUGUGAAUUGACUGAAUGUGGAGUAGGUGCACCACUGCAAUCCAGGAAAGUCUAUGUCACUAAGUUAUUUAUGUGAAAAUCUUUAUUCUAUUUCAAGUCAACUGUUAGAUGGUAAAAUUAAGAUCCUACUUGCUGGCCAAGACUGGUAGACUGAUUUCAGUGGGUAAAUCUACUGUGGCAAAUUAACAUAUUGCAAUGUUACUCUUUGGGAAUUUAUGUUUAACUUAACGAGUAUGUAGUCUCUCUUUCUGACAAGUGUUCCCCAUUGGGAUUUUAAAACUAUGUGCACAGAAUAUUUGUCUCCUCUACAUGUUUUAUUUUUCUAUUUACAAUUCUCUUAUUUUUUGCUAGAUUUUAUACACAGAGUAGACUUUUUUCCUAACACACACUUUAAAUGAAUAACAGCUCUAAAGGAAGACUUUGUUCACAAUGCCAUUUACUUAUUGUGUUGAGGGGGGUGGGGUGGAAUGAGGGAUUGAUUUUAAACAAAAACAUUCCAUCUUUUAUUUAACAUCAAUAUCAAAAGGGAAAGACACACAUCUAUCUUUCUCAUCUAUAUUUAAGUACCCUUUUGUAAUGUAGUAUCAAAGUUUUCUACAAAUUGGAAAAUUUUACAAAACAUAUUUGUGGAAUGAAUAGUGAAACUAAUCUGAUGAAGUGGAAAAUAUCCUGUAAUACUGUAAUUCAUAGUUUGACUUUCCAUAAGCACAUAAAUCCUUAGGGUAUAAUCAGGACUUCAAAUGUGUAAUUAAAAUUUAAACAAAAAUCCAUGACAUCAGCAA